GGAAGUGACGUCACGCGUGACGCUCCCCGGCCCCUCAGUUCAGCAUGGCGCCGCUCUUGGUCCCGCUGAAAUGCGGAUUUCACGUCCAAAGGCGUAAACUGUGGCUGUUGUUCCAGCAGAGCAGCGCCGUUCACGCGUGGAGCUAUCACGACCACAGGGCGGGGAGUACACGGAGAGAGAGGAGCACGCAUCAGCUGCUGAGUCAGAGCCGAUCCUCCUCCUCCUCCUCAUCUUCAUCAUGUGUCUCCAGCCGAGCUCAGAGCAGCCGACAGAUCUUAGAAGCAGUAAAACAUGUACACGUCCCAGAGAGACAGUGCUGGCACGGACACGCAGGGGGAGGACUCAGUGCCGACCCCAAAAAUGUGCUGAAGGAAGUGAACUCCUCGAAGAUUCUGGCGGCCAUGUUGACGUAUGUUUGGCCCAAAGACAGACCGGACCUGCGGGCUCGAGUGGCCAUCUCACUGGCUCUCGCUGGAGCCAAGAUAACCAACGUGAUGGUGCCCUUCAUGUUUAAAUAUGCGGUGGACGGCCUGAACCAGAUGUCGGGACACAUGUUGAACCUGAGCGAGGCGCCGAACACGGUGGCAACCAUGGCAACGGCGGUUCUGAUUGGCUACGGUGUUUCCCGCGCCGGCUCCGCUCUCUUCAAUGAGCUGAGGAACGCAGUGUUUGGGAAAGUGGCUCAGAGCUCCAUCAGGAGGAUAGCCAAGAAUGUCUUCCUCCAUCUUCACAACCUGGACCUGGGCUUCCACCUGAGCCGGCAGACAGGAGCGCUGUCCAAAGCCAUCGACCGCGGCACUCGAGGAAUCAGCUUCGUGCUCAGUGCUCUGGUCUUUAACCUGGGGCCCACGCUCUUUGAAAUGAUUCUGGUCAGCAGCAUUUUGUAUUAUAAGUGUGGCGGUCAGUUUGCUCUGGUCACCGUGGGGACGCUCUCGGCCUACACCGCCUUCACCGUCGCCGUCACGCAGUGGAGGACGCGCUUCAGGAUUGAGAUGAAUAAGGCUGAUAAUGAGGCUGGAAACGCCGCUAUCGAUUCUCUCCUCAAUUAUGAAACUGUUAAGUACUUCAACAAUGAGAAGUACGAGGCGGAUCGUUAUGAUAGUUUUCUGAAGGUGUACGAGUCGUCGUCCCUGAAGACCACCUCUACUCUGGCGAUGCUCAACUUCGGUCAGAGCGCCAUCUUCAGCGUCGGCCUCACUGCUAUCAUGGUGCUGGCAAGCAAAGGCAUAAUGGCAGGCAGCAUGACUGUGGGGGAUCUGGUGAUGGUGAACGGCCUGCUCUUCCAGCUCUCUAUGCCGCUCAACUUCUUGGGCACGGUGUACCGAGAGACCCGGCAGGCCCUCAUAGACAUGAACACGCUCUUCACUCUGCUCAGCGUCGACACCAAGAUAAAGGAGAAAGAAAUGGCCCCGGCGCUGCUCGUUACACCCCAGGAAGCCACCAUCAGGUUCGAGGAUGUGUAUUUUGAGUACUUGGAGGGACAAAAGGUGCUUAACGGGGUUUCUUUUGAAGUACCUGCGGGGAAAAAGGUGGCCAUUGUCGGUGGCAGUGGAUCUGGAAAGAGCACGAUUGUCCGCUUGCUCUUUCGUUUCUACGAGCCGCAGCAGGGCAGCAUCUUCAUCGCAGGCCAGAACAUUCGUGACGUCAGUCUGGAGAGCUUGAGGAAGGCCGUGGGCGUCGUGCCGCAGGACGCCGUGCUUUUCCACAAUACGAUAUUUUACAAUCUGCUGUACGGUAACAUCAGUGCGACCGCCGAGGACGUCUACCGUGUGGCCAGACUCGCUGGAAUCCAUGACGCCGUUCUCCGAAUGCCUCACGGAUACGAGACGCAGGUCGGAGAGCGAGGCCUGAAGCUGUCAGGUGGAGAGAAGCAGCGUGUGGCCAUCGCACGGGCCAUCCUCAAGAACCCUCCCAUCUUGCUGUACGAUGAAGCCACUUCUUCACUAGACUCCAUCACCGAAGAGAAUAUUCUGACUUCCAUGAAGGAGAUGGUGAGGGACAGAACAUCUGUCUUUAUUGCACACCGGCUGUCCACCAUCGUGGAUGCAGAUGAGAUUAUUGUACUAAAUCAGGGGAAGGUGGCGGAGCGCGGCAGUCACCAGGCUCUGCUGAGCACGCCGGGCAGUCUGUACGCUGACCUCUGGAACACACAGAACAGCAGGAACACGAGCGGCGCGGGCCGGAGCGAGCCCGCAGACGAGCGGCUGACGCAGAGAGACGAGGAGCGCAAGAAGCUGCAGGAGGAGAUCCUCAACAGCGUGAAGGGCUGCGGGAACUGCUCCUGCUGAGGACGGCUUGUGAUUCUCUCUGACCUCAAGGGCCAAUGCCACGCCUUCAUUUUCACACCGAGGUGAUUGGAUCCUGUUUUAAUAGAUUUGUCUGAGUCACCUGGAACUCUCGUAAGCUGUUUUUAUUAUGCAUAUGUACAUAUUACUAAUGCAAUAUUUUUGAGAAGCGCGUUGUAUAGAGUGCACAUAUCAUGUUGUCUGUUGAAUUAUGUUAGAUAUGCCUGGACCAUUUUGGAGAUUUCUCUGUGAGCGCCGGCACAUUUGAUGCCUCAUCAACAUUAAUUUAUACCAAAUCUGAGUGAGAUGUCAUCGAUAGCACAUUUAACAACUUAUUAAAUAAAACUUCCUUCGUUGAGUGUUUGAGAGCACGUGUUUCUUUCAUCUCAUUGUAUUUGGAUUCAAAUCAGUAAGGGAUGACGCUUUCGUCUUCAGGCCCAAAGCGUGCCGUCAGUCAUCGUUUAAGGAGAUAUUAUUUCAGAUGUGUCGCUCCGUCACGUUCGGUCAUCAGUGGGAGUAGGAGAUGAAUGAGGGCUGAAGAGAUCGGUCAAUGACGUGACUUGGUAGAUUUUGUAAAAGAAGUGUCGAAAUGAUGUUGAUUGUAACAAAGAAAAAUUACUCUGUUCUGUUUUAAAGAAUAAACGCUGGUGAAAUGGGA